AUGCUUGCUGAGCGUGCUUUACAAGCUUCUCGCGAAGAGGAGCUUGUAAGGCAUGCUAGCCGGCAACUUUGCUUUUGCAAGGGCUCAGCUGCGUGGAAUCCAGACGGUUUCGAGGAUUAUCGACGUUUGUCGAGAGUGCCGACUACCUCUCGUCCUUCGUCGACUGCGUGUAAGCGUUUGACAACGUCGACACCAAUGUCAUAUUGUUAAGA